AGAGGAACAGCACAGACCCUCCUAAACUGGAUUUUGGCGGUAAAUGCCGAGAUUUUGAGCUCCACCCUGUUCCUGUUCAGAGCGGACUUUCUAUGUCCCGUUUGGCGCACCAGAAUCAGAAAAGUCUGGAUUUCGUAUUUAAAGGUCCAUAAAUCGAUAUAA